ACAGCGUCGCCUUGGAGGAGUACAAACACGUGCUGGGGGGCUCGAAGCUCACCUACACCAUCAAACCCAGCCAGCAUCAGGAGGAGAGCAUCUUCUACGUGGAAGGACUCGCCUUCCCUGACAUUGGCUUCUCAGGGCUGGUGGCUUUACAUGUCACACUGCUGGAGAGCCCUGAGAAGGGUUCGCUGGAGACGCCCAUCUUCACCGACAAGGUGGUUUUCCGCGUGGCUCCGUGGAUCAUGACCCCCAACACGGCUACGCCGCUGGAGGUCUUUGUCUGUAGCACGACUGACAACAAGGAUUUUGUGGCAGCUGUGAGUGCUGUGGCUGAGAAAGCCAAGUGCCUGCUCACCAUCUGCCCGCUGGUGGAGAACCGUGAGGACCGCUGGAUCCAGGAUGAGAUCGAAUUUGGAUACGUACAAGCUCCCCACAAGACCUUCCCUGUCGUCUUCGACUCACCCCGUGACCGAGAGCUGAAGGAUUUUCCCAUCAAGAGAAUCCUGGGCCCUGAUUUUGGUUACGUGGCCCGACAAGCACCAGAGGGUACUUCCAGCCUUGAUUCCUUUGGUAAUUUGGAGGUGAGCCCCCCCGUGACAGUGCAGGGCAAGGAAUAUCCCUUGGGUCGUAUCCUGAUCGGCAGCAGCUUUCCCAGAUUCGGUGGCCGGCGGAUGGCGAAAGCUGUCAAAGCUUUUCUGGCUGCCCAACAAGUCCAAGCGCCGGUGGAGCUGUUCUCAGACUGGCUCAUGGUUGGCCACGUAGAUGAAUUUCUCAGCUUCGUCCCUGCACCUGAUCGGAAGGGUUUCCGUCUCCUCCUGGCCAGCCCCAGCGCCUGCUACCAGCUCUUCAAGAGGAAGCAAGAGGAAGGGUUUGGCGAGGCGGCGAUGUUUGAGGGACUGGAGAAGGUGCCCAAGAUGACAAUAAACGAGAUUCUGGCUAACCAAGGGCUCCGGAGGUUCAAUAAUUAUGCUCAGCGCUGCAUCAACUGGAACAGGGCCCGGCUGAAGUGGCAGCUGGGUCUGGCUGAGCCCGACAUCAUCGACAUCCCCCAGCUCUUCCACGGUGACCCUUCCUCCGGCGCUGCAGCCUUCUUCCCUGACAUGGUGAACAUGCUGGUGCUGGGCAGGCACCUGGGCAUCCCCAAACCCUUUGGACCAGUGGUGGGUGGGCAGUGCUGCCUGGAGGAGAGAGUGAGGGCACUGCUGGAGCCCCUGGGCCUCACCUGCACCUUCAUCAAUGACUACUUCUCCUACCACGUCCUCUCUGGUGACGUCCACUGCGGCACCAACGUCCGCCGUAAGCCCUUCGCCUUCAAAUGGUGGCACAUGGUGCCUUGA